AUGGCUACUAACCAAUGCCAUCCGCGCCGGACCAUACCACAGUUGACAGCUGGGGGCUUUGUGCUUUUCUGGUUGGCACAUGCUUGCAUGGCCGACCGCCUUCACGAUGGCGGCGGCACGCUGUUAACCUCGCCAGCCAUCGGCGUACGCCGCGCAAUUCAGUCAGUCAUCACAGUCGGGAAGAAUGGGCGCGAGUUCGUCCCCAACAUUACCACUGGAUGGCGGGGAGACGUGAUCGAGUUCCACUUCUACCCUGGCAACUACAGCGUCGUCAGGUCGGCCUACAUGUUUCCCUGCGUCCCCUUUGAAAACACGGGCACAGGAAGGCAGGGUUUCUGGUCGGGGUUUAUUGAUAAUAAAAGCCCGUCUCCAGCAAAAUGGCGCCUCACCCUCCCAGACUCGAAUGCUAUAUUCUUCUAUUCCUCCGCUGGAGACGACUGCAAUAGAUAUGCCAUGGUGGGAGGAAUCAAUGUCAUGGAGGACCAGCUACAAAUGCAACGCGACAUGGCAUUGGACUCACCAUCCGUCGUCCAGCCCAUUGCUGCAUCUCACCCCACGAUCGACAACGUGCCGUCAACUUCAGCAUCGAGUGACCCACAAGCUGCGCAGCCUGAGAUGCCAAUAGCCGUCAUCGUGGGGGCUGUACUUGGAGGCGUGGCGUUUUUGGCAAUCAUCGGCGCCAUACUCUACCUGUGUGGGAGUAGAAGUAGGAAACAAACAGAGAGCCAGCCCGCACAGGGAGGCUCGAGAUCGCCGAUGAUGCAUGCCACACGGGAUGGCAGUGGAACAGGCCAUGGAAGCGGCGGCUCCUCGUCAGCAGGCAAGGCAUCGGUUGCAGGGAGCGGUCAUCGUCAACACCAACAUAAUAAUCGGAUUGCCCGUACCUCGUCUUCGAUUUACCUACCAACCAGAGUCGGUGAUGGUACGGUUGAUGGAGCCAGAGGCGAAGACGUUCAAGACUAUGAGAAGCAGAACAACGGCCCCGAAAGAUGGCAGCUGGAAGACGGCCAGAUAAUUAUAUUCAGCAACUCGCACCGCCAUCACCUCAACAGCCACAGCCUGCCCUUGAGAAACCCGCCAUUACAGCAGCCUCGCAAUGCGGCUGCGGUCUCAGCCCCGCCCAUCAUAGACGGCGACACCAUCUACGUGCCGGUCCACCGCAGCACCAUAAUGUCAGCCAAGUACGGCGGCCCGUCGCCGAGCCACUACACCCCGCCAAGGUCACCACCCCCAAACUCGCCAGUUAGUAUGGCGGCGCAGAUGCUCCACCGGCGGUGGCUGGCGCAAGAGCAAAUCGACGCAAGCGAUGCCGAGAGCGGCGUGUUUGGCAUCGGCGUCAGGAGGUUCCCGAGCACUACUGCAUCGGAGGAUCCGAACUCGUCAGCCGAUCCGACAGUGCCGGGCUCGAUCAUAGCAGGCGGCGCAACCUCGCAUCAAGGUAUAGAGACGGCAGCCUCUGCUCCACAGUCCCCGCUGCCGCCACUUCCCGGCGUAGCAGAGGCAAGGGUUGGAGAGGAAGGCCUGGGCGUGGAGCACCACGUAGCUGCCGCAGAGAUCCCAGUGAGCGGCCCGCCUGAUCACCAUGGGAAACUUGGCGGUGUCUCUCAACAACCACCAAGUACCGGAGCCAUGGCCAUCAGUGUCGAUGGUGACGUGUCCAGCCUCCGGUGCAGAGGCGACGGCGAGCUCAAAAAACCCCCCUAA